AUGCCAUACCUGGUAGGAGACCUCAUCAAAGAGAUUGAAGCUGCCCAGGAGAACCGGGGACGGAAGCCACAGGAGAGGCCACAGAAGAGGCCCCAGGAGGACUGGGUCAAGAAGAAGUGGGCCCGGUACUACGAGCUGAACAAGAUGGGACAGGUGAAGCCAAAUUUCGACAAGAUGACCUUUCCUCAAUUUGAAGAGUACAUGAAGGACGCGCAGGGACAGAGCAAACACAGAGUCGCUGCGGCUUCGAGGCAUAUGGGGAUUCGUGGGCAACCGGUGGAUGUGGAGCAGAAGGAACUUAUGAAGACCAAGACUGCGCCAGAGGGUUCACGCAAGCGUAAGUUGGUCGCACCAGCAGCAGAACUGCAGACUGUAGGUGCCGGUACCGAAGCUCGUCCUCGCAAGAAGCCGCGUGUGAAGGCGCACAUCACCAAGGAGGAGUACUUGAAGAAGCAUUGA